AUGACCCAUGCCGCAACUCAUCUAGGAUUGCCACGGGGUUGGAUUUUCGACCGACAGGGUGACCGGCUUCGUUCGGGAGGAGGGAAGAGAGGGCCUUCGGGCCACCAUGACGGCGACAUUCAUCGAGCUGUGCGGCCAACUUUCGGAGACUCGUCGGAUGUGGCGAUGACCUUUUCCUCGGGUGAGAUGAGGCUUCGGACUUCGCUCCUACAAGAUAAGCAUAAAAAUUUGCAACGACUGUCGGACAAAACCAAAAGCAUUAUGAUGUCAAGUGUGUUUUCUAGCAAGAUCUUCAUGGCUCUGCAACCCAGCAGGUCUACCAGGUGGUACUUUAUUGCUAAGCCUUUGGGUUACUUCAGCCUGCAUAAAUGA